AUGGCGUAUCCGUACGGUAUCUGGAUCCAAAGAGAAAAAGAAGCAGAAGAGAGAGAUGCUCCGGGGCCCUCUAGGAGAGCAUCAGUGGGUUGGAGGGGGAUUAUGAAUGAACCAGAACUUCAGACCGACCGGCGCAAGGAGAGUGGAUUGACAAGUGACGGAAGCAUGCAACAGUGCCUCCAAGUCUGCACGUCUGGUACCUUAGCAGGAGAGAAAAGAAGAGGUGUGAGAGGUGUGAGCUCAUCUCAACAUCCACAGCGGCCGCAGGGUAUCCGAGGCCUUGGCACGCCGUACCUCUUUGUCGGUCAUCAGGUACCCCACACGCCAAAUCCUGCUGUGGAGGGUACUGCCGAGUCCCGGCGCGACGACUCGAGACACGGUCGGGAGGUACCUGAGACACCCAAACCACCUUUCCACCACCCACCACCAGUCGCUUCUGAACGUGACGGCAGGCACGCAGGCACAGCGAAUGACAGUAACAACCCAGCAAGAAGGUUCCUGCCCUCUUACCAUGUGAAUGCUCCCGUCACAAGUGAAUGGAGUGAGGAAAAGAGUUGCACGCUGACGUUGUUGGCUCAAUUGAUCGGAUUACACGUGUAUGCCUAUCCCGCGCCGGUCUACCGUCUACCGGCCGGUGGUGGUGCGUCGCAAGCGAGCCUGUACCGUUCACUAGUACCUCAUAACCCAAUUAUAAUCAACUUAGUGCCCUGCACCGCGCACCGCGCUCCCACCAUGGGGUGGGCUCACUGGGCUGAAGGGCCUGAGGCGAGUCGGGGCCGCGUCCCGGGACACAUCUCAUCUCACAUUUGA